AUGGAGAAAGACGAAACAAUCACCGAUCUUGCGACUGACAAGGAUACCGGCUUCGAUGCGGUCCUCCACGAUGCAGUGUACAACUUAUCACUGCGCGCGGUCAAUCCAGUGGACGUCAAUGUGUGUGGUCUAUCUCUUGAUAUCAACACUGCUCCCUCAAUGUGGGAGACAUCGCCAUCGCAACUCUGGCGUCGCCUGCACGGUCAGAAACCAGAAGGUACUUCGAAAAAGGUCCUGGAUGGUGUCAACGCGGCGAUGCCAAGCGGCAGCUUAACAGCCAUCAUUGGAAGCAGUGGAUCUGGCAAAACAUCUCUCCUCAACAUGAUGGCUGGUCGUAUGUCCCUCUCGCGGGCGACGGUCGCUGGAUGUACAACUUUUAAUGGAAAUACCGAUAUCGACAGCGUUCGCAGUGCCUAUGUCAUGCAAGAGGAUGUUCUUAUCCCGACCUUGACUGUUCGUGAGACCCUACGAUACUCGGCUGAUCUCCGUCUCCCACCACCGACAACCCAGGAAGAGCGCCAUGCCAUAGUGGAGCAGGUUAUUCUCGAACUUGGGCUGAAAGAGUGCGCCAAUACCCGCAUUGGAACGACCGCGCAUAAAGGCUGCAGUGGAGGCGAGAAGCGACGCACAAGUAUUGGUGUGCAGUUACUCGCUAAUCCAUCAGUGCUUUUUUGCGAUGAGCCGACAACAGGUCUCGACGCAACCAGUGCUUUUCAGAUCAUCCGAACGUUGAAGCGACUCGCCCAAGAUGGUCGGACGGUCGUCGUGUCUAUUCAUGCUCCUCGAUCUGAGAUCUGGAGUCUCUUUGACAAUGUGAUUCUUCUGGCUCGCGGUUCCGCACUGUAUAGUGACCCGGUGAGCGAGUCGCUGGGGCACUUUGAGCAAUGCGGUCAUUUUUUGCCUCCUUUUGUCAACCCAGCCGAGUUUCUCAUUGACUUGGCUGCUAUCGAUAAUCGGACCGAGGAAUUGGAAGCAGCAUCUCACGUCCGCGUUGGAAAUCUCCGCCAGGCAUGGCAAUCUCGGCUCAAACCAGACACAGAGAACGCUGAGAAGAAGUCACCAAUAAAGCCGGCCCUGGAAGGCGUUGAUACCGGUGCCAUGAAGAAAGUCUCAUUUCGCCGCCAGUUCCAAGUCCUCACCUCGCGAACCUUCACAACAACUAUUCGUGACCCAAUGGGUGUCGCUGGCAGUCUUCUCGAAGCUGUCGGCAUGGCUGUAAUCAAUGGCUGGAUCUUCCUACAGCUCGACGAGAGUCUAGCUGGCAUCCGUUCACGACAGGGUAGUCUAUACACAGCUAGCAGUCUGAACGGAUAUCUGAUUCUGCUAUACGAGACUUACCGUCUAACAAUUGACAUUCGUCUUUUUGACCGAGAACGCAAUGAAGGUGUGGUUGGUGUUCCAGCAUUCCUGUUGAGCAGACGAGUUGCUCGUUUCCCCUUGGAAGAUCUCCCCGUGCCGUUGCUUUUCUCCAUCAUAUACUACUUCAUGGUGGGCUAUCGGCUCGACGUGGGUCAAUUCUUCAUCUUCUUCGUGCUGACAUUGCUCACGCAUUACAUCGCGGUGACAUUUGCGGCGGUAUCUAUUGGCGUGGCAAGAAGUUUCCCGGGUGCGAGCCUUGUUGGCAACAUGUGCUUCACGCUGCAGUCGUUCGCUUGCGGCUACUUUGUUCAGUCUCAGCAAAUUCCCGUGUAUGUGAGGUGGCUAAAAUGGUGCGCUUACACUUUCUACAUUUUCGGGGCGCUGUGCGCGAACGAGUUCAUGGGCACUGGAGAUUCAAAGAUUGGUCAUUUUUACGACUGUCCGUAUUCUGAUGACCCUCUUGACCCAGCGUGCAGAGAAUAUACGGGGCAAUACAUCAUGAACAGUCUGGGCAUGCCAUCCAAUUGGAUUUGGCGACCGAUCGUGAUCCUGGUCGCGUUUACUCUUGGCCACUAUCUGCUUGCGGGUUUGCUGCUACAGUACAAUCGCUUUGCGAUUGACAUUGCGCAGGCUCGAAAAUCAGAGGGCGAUCCAUCAGCAAAAAAGGCCAAGAUUGCGAUUCGUCCUGCAGAGGAGGCUCGCCGAGUGGCCAUCUCGUUAGACAAGUACGCUCUGGAAAUUCGAAAGCGACGACUGCCGUGGCAGAGUAAGCAGAAACUUCAAAUCUUGCGUCCGAUCACCGCCGAGUUUCAACCUGGAGAAUUGAACAUUAUCAUGGGCCCAUCUGGCAGUGGCAAGACAUCAUUACUCAACUCUAUUGCCCGCAGGCUUCAUGGCUCCGCUAGCACACAGUACCGUGUCACCGGGCAGAUGCUGUACAACGGGGCCGUGCCGUCGGAAAAUGUGAUUCGCUCGGUUACCUCGUUUGUAACCCAGGACGACGAUGCUCUCAUGCCUUCGCUGACCGUUCGCGAGAGCCUGCGGUUCGCAGCAGGCUUGCGGCUGCCAACAUGGAUGACGCGUGAAGAGAAGAACCGCCGAGCCGAGGAGAUUCUUUCCAAGAUGGGUCUCAAGGAGUGUGCCGAUAAUCUAAUCGGUAGCGAGCUGAUCAAGGGUAUCAGUGGAGGCGAGAAACGCCGAGUCUCUAUUGCGAUUCAGAUUCUCACAGACCCCAAGGUGCUUCUGCUCGAUGAGCCGACGUCUGGUCUCGAUGCUUUCACCGCGAUGUCCAUCAUUGAAGUGCUACAGGGACUUGCAGCCGAAGGCCGGACGCUCAUCAUGACCAUUCACCAGUCACGAUCAGAUCUGUUCGGCCACUUCUCCCAGGUUCUACUUCUGGCUCGUGGUGGUUAUCCCGUAUACGCCGGCCAAGGACAACAGAUGCUCCCCCAUUUCGCGAACCUAGGCCACGACUGUCCAAAGACGACCAACCCGGCAGACUUUGUGCUCGACCUGAUCACAGUCGAUCUGCAACAGGAGGAUCGAGAGGCCAUCACCCGCAAGCGCGUCCAGAAGCUCAUUUCUCGUUGGCCCGAUGCAAUACCACAACUAGGGCGAACGUCGUCUCAGAUUGCGACUCCGGCGGAGUUGGGUAGUCUGCGACGACAGAUGUUGCCCUUCCGUGUGACAUUCCCGCUCGUGCUACACCGAUCCUUCCUCAAUUUCUGGCGCCAGCCACCACUGGUGAUGGCCCGGUCGAUGCAGAUCGUCGGCAUUGCGAUUAUCAUGGCGUUAUUCUUUGCGCCAUUGAAAAAUGAUUAUGCAGCGGUGCAAUCUCGUAUGGGAUUUAUUCAGGAGUUUGCCGCUUUAUACUUUGUGGGCAUGCUCCAAAACAUCGCAAUCUACCCAAACGAGCGAGACGUCUUCUAUCGCGAAGAAGCCGACAACUGUUACUCCGCUGAAACAUUCAUUCUGGCCUACACGACCAUCGAGUUCCCCUUCGAGGUCAUAUCAUCGCUUGUCUUUGGCGUAUUAGCCGCAUUCGCCGAUAACCUCCAACGCAGCGCGCAAAUGUUCCUCAUCAGCGCCUUCAACUGCUUCUGUAUCAUCAGCUGUGGCGAGUCCGUGGGAAUAAUGUUCUGCACGCUGUUCUCGCACGUCGGUUUCGCAGUCAACGUUACCUCCAUUCUACUAUCAAUCUCGACCAUCCUUGGCGGCGUAAUGAGUCUGAAUGUCAACGAUGUUCUCCAGGGUCUGAAUCACCUCUCGCCCAUCAAGUAUGCCAUUGCCAACUUGGCGCCGUACUCGAUGCACGGACAAACAUUCGAUUGCACCCCUUCACAGCAGCUGGCGGAUGGCAGUUGUCCUAUCAAUACGGGUGAGGAGGUGCUCGCGUUGUAUAACCUGGAUAAAAAUGGACCCAUGAAUGUGAUGGCGCUCGGGGUGUGCACAAUCAUCUAUCGCUUGGUCGCGUAUGCAUUUCUCAAGGCGAUGCGGUCGCAUCGAAUGAUGGAGCGGUGGCGUGAGUGGCGGCAGUCGAGGCAAUCAGCUUAG